AUGUCAUCAAGAAAAAUGGUGUCAGCUAGUGAACGAGCUUUAUGCUAUGUUGAGAAGUCCUCGAGGAUUCAAUUACAGGAUUUGCGUGAUAACCCUGGUGCACGUACACGAAGUCGUCAGUUGAAAGCUUCAAUGAAUCAGGCUGGACAUACUAUUGGCCAAUUACAGCAUGCAGCUAAACCACCGAUUGGUUGGAUCUGGGGAGAUUUUUUCAAGCCAUGGUACCGAUUAUUUCCUUCUGAAUAUUCUUUCAACGGCGAUAUUAAUUUACGUCGUGAAUAUCCGCCAAUUUCACUGAUUGAAUUACAACGGCUAAUUGAUUUGGGGUGGCUAGAUCCAACUCGUUUAAUUGAUAUCACUGCAUUGUGUAAUACUCAACAAUAUCACUGUAAACCUUCACUGCGACAAUUCGGUGUGCAGCUGACUGAUGAGGGUACUGAUUGUUUUGCCACACCUAUCAAUUUAGAAGUGCAGUGGGCAUCAGAACCAGCAAUAGCAGCUAUAGAGAGGGUAGGAGGGCGAAUACGCACUGCAUACUACGACUUUGGAUCUUUAGAAGCUGCCGUUGACCCUGAGAAAUGGUUUCUUGCAGGACGGCCAAUACCAAGAAGGAAAGGACCUCCUGAAAGUCUUCUACCUUAUUAUUCAAAUGCUAGAAAUCGUGGUUAUUUAGCAGAAGCCUCAGAUCUAAAACAAGCAGAAGAAGAUCUCUCCAAUUUAAUGGGAUACGAAAGAAAAGAAGUACAGAGUGAAUGGGAGGAGAAAAGACCUGACCAAUUGUUUAUUGGUAUUGAAUCUGGAUCAUUAAUCAGUCUGAAAGAUAAAAAAGUCUUCUUGCCCACGCAUCGCGCUCUUCAAAAUUAUUAUGGCCUAGGUGAGAACCCUGAUGAUUUUCGUUCUGAUCAUUCAUUUGCAUUCGAAUUCAAAUGA